AUGCAGCGCGUUCGCGGUGUUGUGCUGGCAGUUAGUGUUACGAUCGUUCUUAUGCUGUUCGCGCGAUCAGUCCCAUAUGCGGAAUGCCACGGAUACGAACACAUCAACCUACCCAAGGCGCAUCUGCCUAUGUACUUUCGACGGUUUCCGGCACUGGAAAAACAAUGUGCAGAGGACGAAAAUUGUCCAUACCGUACGGUUAUAGCGAGUCAAAGCUACCAAAGCAGAAAAAAUGCCUGCUGGGGCUAUGAAUCGGAUUGCACGGAAAAAACACGAUAUUCAAACCACAGUUGCUCGGGAAGCCACAUUGGUUACGUGAAAAGCAAACAGGCGCAACUGGACACGUUCUACAGUCAGGCGGACUUUGGUUUCGUACGGGAUCAAAUCCACGAAUCGCGCAUCAUGUGCGAGCCCCAGUUUCCCCACGAUUCGUCGCUUGAGUGUUCGAAAUAUUUGCGCUUCUGCCGCGGUCGUAAUCUCAUGAUCAAUUUCACUGAUUUGGCGCAACGAACCGAACCGCUCCGCUACAAGAUGGAUGUGCUUGGGCCGGGUCAAAUCGGUGGCCACUGUCGGCUGCACGGUGAGCGGCUGAGAGACGAACUGCAACACAUUAGCCCACUGCAAUCGUGGGGUCCCGAAUUGCGGUUUUUCGAACGCCUCGAAAACCCUCCCAUCGAGCACGGACAGUGCGACGUUGUGAUCGAAAAACCUGCCUUCAUCAUGAAAAUUGAUGCGGCCAUCAAUAUGUACCACCAUUUCUGUGAUUUCCUCAACUUGUACGCCUCACUGCACGUUAAUUUGUCACACCCGGCCAGCUACACCACUGACACGCACGUGCUCGUGUGGGAAUCGUUCACGUACUUGUCGCCGUUUGCGGACACAUUCAAGGUGUUCACGCGAAAUCCGAUCGCUGAUCUGAAGACGUACGCCGGCAAGGUGGUGUGCUUCCGGAACGUUGUCCUUCCGUUGCUGCCUCGCAUGAUAUUUGGAUUGUACUACAACACACCGAUCAUUUAUGGUUGUGAAAACAGUGGCCUCUUCCAUGCAUUUUCCGAGCACGUGCUCCACCGAAUGAAAGUAAGAAUGUCCACACGGUCCGACCGUCGUCUACGCAUAACAUUCCUCUCACGCCAAACGCGCUACCGACGCAUAUUGAAUGAGGACGAACUAAUUGCCAGGAUUGCCAAAAACUCGAAUUAUGCUGUGCAGCGAGUCAGCUACGGGCACGAGCUACCAUUCAUCGAGCAGCUGCGCAUAACGCGCAACAGUGAUAUCUUUAUUGGUAUGCAUGGUGCAGGACUCACCCACCUGCUGUUCCUACCCAAAUGGGCCACCCUCUUCGAGCUGUACCACUGCGAGGAUCCAAACUGCUACCGAGAUCUGGCCCGGCUGCGCGGAGUGAACUAUCUCACCUGGGAGCGCGAUCAGUUGGUGUAUCCGGAAGGUGAAGGGAAACACCCGGACCGUGACGAACGGCACGCCAAAUUUACCAACUACGCGUUUGAUGUGGCGGAGUUUGAGCGCUUGGUUGCGAAGGCGGCCAAACACGUGACUCAACACGAGGAGUUUCAAAAGUUCUUGGCAUUGAAAACGCAUCGCCACCUGAAAAAAGAUGAGCUUUAA